GGAUUUAGCUUAAACUGUGGCAAUGCUACAGCUUCUAAGACUCUUGGGGCAAUCCAAUUACCUCAUAUCCAGAAGAAGUCGGAUGUUCAGCCAUUAAGCGAACCAAAAAUUGAGUCUCUUGCAAGCAAAGCUCUUCUGAAAGACAACUCGCUACCUAAUCAUCAAGAACAAUCACCGAAAUCCCUUGUCCUGCAUAAAGAGGAGGCUCUCGACUCUUCACAUGCUAUCCACUCGAUUCAGGAAGAAGGUAAGUUAUCGCAGCCUCAGCAGAAAAUGGUUACACCCAGUAUGGAGACUAUGGAUGAUUUAGAAAAGCAAAUUGUUCCGAAAGUAGCGCCUCGUCGUCAUACAAUUAUAGAGAUGGAUAAAAUCGAAGGAAACGACAAAAUUGUCUCCCCAAAAAAACAAGUAGAUCCAGAGAUAGAACAACUUAAAAUGAAUCAUCAGACCCAAAAAGAGAGCCCAGGUUGGUUAUAUCAUCUAUUUUGUAUAAUUACGUGA